UCCUGUCAAUCAAGACUAACGAGUGCAGCGGCUGUUCACUUUCUGCACUGAGGAGUCAACUUCAGCAUCGAUUUAAACUCUCCGCGUUUGUUCCCUGAAAGCAAUAAUAGGACAUGGCUGACAGAGGCCAUGGAGGAGCAGAGAGAGAUGCAGAGGACACAGAUGAGCUUCUUUGCACAGAUAUGGAUGACAAUAGCAGUGGGUUUGGACCAGAUACUCCGCCUCUCAAACUGGACCACUGUGACCUUCUCUUAGAUGCUAUUGAUGCUCAGCUUGGUCAGCUGCAGGUCCAGCCCCAGAAACGUCAAGCAAUUACCAGAGAGGUGGAUAGCAGCGAAGCAGCUCCUCUUGGGUGGAGUCAGUCUCUGAGCAAAGACACAGGGCUUGGAAGUACAACACAAACAAAUGACACUCCGAUGAUUGAGCAAACAACAGAGAGGAGCACAGGCUGCCAGGAAAGUCCUGCCUCUCAUGAGGGAACUAGGCAGAAAUCAGACAGAAAAACAAGAGACAAAGAGGAAAUAGAGUCUCACAGGGAGCAAGUCAUGUGGAGGCUCGAGAGACUGCUUGGAGACACCUGUAAUGAGGGAAGGAUGGCUGGAGAAACCCACCCUCCUUCAGACAGCAUCUGCACUGAGGACUUUGCCAAACGCUUCAGAGAUGAGAUGGUGGAUUUGGCAUUGCCAAAGAGUAAUAUGCAGCAACUAGACAAAGCAAAAGAGGCUGAGAAGUUAGAGAUAUGUGACUGUGACGCUUGUCAGAGUGAACAAAAGGGACAAAAUGUUUUUAAUGUAAACACAAGAGGUGCAGCAACAACUGGGAAAAACAGUAAAGACAUAGACGCUGCUCGCUAUUCCCCGUCAAACAAGCCAUGUCAAAGAAAGAAACUGGAGAAAUGUCUUUUUGACAGCUACGGAGUAAACACAUCACAUGUUAGUGAGAAAGCAGGAACUGGAGAGAGAUACAACAUACCACAGCGGCUUGGCGAUGAUGGCAGCAUCUCUCACAGAACAGAGGCCAUAUCUGAACAUGAAGCCCAGCGGCAGAACGACAGCCAUUUUCACAAGGCCAGGUGCUUGGCAGGAGUGCCUGUGUGGAGUUUUGACACCGUGUCCAUUGACAGUGACCUUGACUCAGUCUGCACCGAACAAGUUAGGCAGCAUAUUCACAAGCGGCCAGCAUGGCGCUCGCUCCUUCAGUCUGUCACAGGCAUGGAUGACUACUGUACCAACCAGAGUGACUAUGACACACCCACACAGGAAGAAAGUGAACCUCGAUCUACAUCAGGCCAGAGGUCCUCUCAUGGAAAUGUACAGAACAGAAGUCCUUCUGCCCGUAAAGCACAGCGUAAUAAGAGAGAAACUUACAGACUUGUGUGUUUGGGGGACUAUGACAAGGACACAGAUGAGGAAAUGAAUCACCGGAGCAGGAAAUGCAGGUCUGAGAAGACAUCAGAGAUGUUGCAGUGUGAUUGGGUGAAGAUGAAAGAGCGGCUCUCUACACUCCGACAAGAAUGUGAGAAAGAGGAGGAGACGCUGCAGUUGAAGAAGAUGCAGUUAAAAGAUGUUGAGUUCUCCCUUGGUGAACUUCAACAGAGAAGAAAGCAUGCCUUUCAGGAAUUACAUCGAAUGACUGUAGAGACAACAAAAAUGGAGAAGGAGAGGAGGACUCUGGAGUUCGUUUUGAGAGACAGCAGGGCAGGGAAGGAUGCUCUUAGUUCUCAGCUGCACGAGCUGCAGAGCCAGAGAGACUCCUGUAUCCUCGAGUUAAGAGACAUGGAGGAAGACCUCGCUGCUCUGACUCAAUAUAAACAGACUCUAAAGGAGGCAGCCUUCACCGAGAGGCCCAGUGUCGUCAUGUCAGUGCUGGAGAGGGAGGAGAUGGACAGACAGCUGGACAGCGCCAAAACAGAACUGUUUGCUGAACAGCGACGAGCAAGAGAGAAGCUAGAGUCCAUGCAAGAAGCAGUAGAGGUUCAGGUGGGCGAGUUGCAGGGUGAACUGGGACAAUGCAAGGUCAGAGUGGGUACUCUGGAGAAGAUGUUGGCUCAGAGGGAGCUGAAGCUGCUAGAUUUGCAGGAGCAACAGAUGGCCUUUCAAGCUGAAAGAGAUGGACUGAAGGUGGAGCUACAGCACCUGAAAACCCAGCACUGCAAUGCACUGAAAGAAGCCCAGGAGCAAGCCCAUAGAGUGAUGAAGGCCGCAUUGAAGCAGCAAAAGACAGAUUUGGCACUGGCUUAUGAGCAGCAAAUCAAAAAGGUUAAUAAGCAGACUGAAGAGGAGAAGGCAGACGCUUUGAAAGAACAAGCUCUGUCUCUCACCCAACACAUUGAGUCCUUACAAAGUUCCCUUCAGCUAAAAGGAGAAGAGGCAGAGAAGCUGAGGAAUUCUCUGGAGCAGCAGAAGGAGGAGGCAAAGAAGCAUGAAGAGGAGCUGCGGGUAGAAGCCCUGGAAAAGUCUGCUCCCACUCAGGUGCAGAAAGCAAUAGAGGAGGAGAGGAGGAAGUUGGAGGCAGAAAAAGUGGAAGCUGUGCAGGUGCAUUGCGGGAUACUGGAAGAGCAGAACAGAAAGAGCCUGGAAUGCAUGAGGAGUGAGAUGCAGCGAGAGAAGAGUAAAGCACUAUCUCUUCAACAUAAAGUGGUGGAACUGAAAACAAGAGUGCAGGAGUUGGAGAGUGAACGCUGUGCGUGGCAGAGAGAGCAGGAGUCUUUGGUGGCUGCUAUUUGCAAGUCACAGAAAGAGGAGCACCAGGCUGAGCUGCAGAAAUUGCGGAGACAGAUGGCGCAGGAGAGUCAGAGAGCAGUGCUGCGGCUUGAGCAGGCUAAUCAGCUGUCAGAGAAAGAGGCUGCGGGACUCCGGGUGAUGAUAGAAGAAAGGGAGAGCAGCCAUAACCAAAUCACAGCUGAAAUGGAACAGCAGCUCAGACACUGGGCCCAGGAGCUGGGAACAGAGUGCCAGCAUCUACACCUCUUACUGGAGCAGAGUGGAACCAAGCCUAGUUCUGUGCAACUACCUCCCAGGCCUUCAGUAGCUGAGGCUCUUUCAAACCUGAGAACACUAACAGAGCAGUUGAAGCACCUGAUUAGCCAUCAACACCAGGAGCUUGAUUCACAGAAACAAAUCUUUGUGCAGCUGAGAAAAGACAAGGAACGAGAAUUGAGCAUCCAGAGGCAGCAGCUCAGGAUGGAGAGAGACCAAGCCUUGGAUUCUCUAAAGGAGCGUCUCAUUCAGGAGCACAUUGAGGAGUUAAGCAGUCUGAGCAGGGCUCAUAUGUGCGAUGGAGGAGCUGAGGGGGGAGGAGUGGCAGCAUCUCUUCGCAAACAGCUGAGGGCCAAAGACCUGGAGCUGAGGCAGGUUCAGAGGAGCAUGGGUCAGUGGAAAGAACAGACUGCAGCUCGUCUGGCAUGCAAGUUUGAGGAAGAGCUGACAGCUGAACUGGAACGGUGCAAGACAAAGUUGUUACGGGACAGAAAAAUAGCGAAGACUCGAGAGGAGAGGAAGAGAAAGCCUGAGAGGCCUGUCGGAGAGAUGACGCUUAGUGCAAAGGAAGCUCAGAAUCCAGUUUGCUCUUCCUCCCUCUAUGUUGCUGCCUCCCACAGUGCCUCAGAUGUGGCUUCAUUUAAGCUUCUACGUUACCUCCAGAGCAGAGUCAAGCAGCUCCGUGUAGAAAACCAGGCCAACACCUGGAGUCCAUCGCCUUCAAAUACAGUCCCUUUAGAUUUGUCAGGAUCCUAUCUUACAACAAUCAAUCAAGGUCUAGACGUCGCUGGGAUUCAGAGCCACUGAUCAAUCAGGAAGUCUGAAGUUAAGGACAUGAAACCUUACUCUGUGUGUGCUACACACACUGGUGAUAUAAUGUUCUCUAAAUCUGACUCUCAGGCAUUUCAAGGUAUGUGUGUGGCCACAGAAAUAAUAAUUUACAGUAACAUAUGCUUAGAUAGCAGAUUAACAAGCAGGUCAGAGUGACAAAUGACACAACCGAUGAUUUGGCCAUAAAGUUCACAUUCCUCUGUGUUACGGUAGUCAAAUUUUAUGACUUAAGGUUACAGUGAACAGUGAGUGAUGAACUGACAUUUCUGUGAAGAUAAUGUGAGUUAUGUAAGAGAAACAUAUAGGGCUGACAGUUCUGGGGUAAUCCCUUGUAUAAUCAUAAAUGUUACAUGAUUACAAUUCAAUAUAAAUUUGUAUGUUGUAAUAAAAAGGAGAUUUGUGUCAAGUUCAAACUAAA